CCACAAAGGGUAUCGUUUUUCUGGUAUUGCUGAAGGAUUCUUUUUUGUCCCUAUCGCCAUUUGGUUUCUUUCAUCAAAUAUUAAACAAAUUCGCACUCUAUAUUCCUUCACCUCUCUCGAGACUUGCUCCUUCACAUCCUCCUUUCCUUCUUAUCAUGGGGACCUCUAUCAGGGUGUUUUCACCACCACCUGCAUUAAUCAGCAGCAGCAAGUUCUUGUUGCCGCCUACCUUUUCAGUUUCUUCUCCAAGAGCCUAUAAGACGUCGUCGAGAAAGCUGUGUCGUCAUGUGAUCCGAAGCAGCAAGUUUGGAAACUUUCUUGACUUGAAGCCAGAGUUACAGCCCGAGUACUUGAACUUUGAUCUCCCAUGGUUCGAACCAGCAUCUGAUCGGUCUCGCUUUGACGUGAUCAUCAUUGGCACCGGCCCGGCUGGUCUUCGUCUUGCGGAGCAACUGUCAUGCUAUGGAAUUAAGGUAUGUUGUGUUGACCCUUCCCCACUUUCUAUGUGGCCUAAUAACUAUGGGGUUUGGGUGGACGAGUUCGAGAGCUUGGGGCUUGAGGAUUGCUUUGACAAAAUAUGGCCUACGACUUGCGUGUACAUCAAUGAGAGCAGGACCAAACAUUUGAACCGUCGCUAUGGUCGGGUUUGUAGGAAAAAACUGAAAACGAAACUAAUGGAAGGAUGUCUCUCCAAUGGAGUCAUUAAGUUUCACAAGGCCAAGGUCUGGAAAAUUGAGCACCGGGAGUUUGAGUCUUCCAUUUUGUGUGAUGAUGGGAAUGAAUUGAAGGCAAGCUUAGUGGUUGAUGCGAGCGGCUUUGCAAGCACUUUCGUAGAAUAUGAUAAGAGAAGGAAUCAUGGGUAUCAAAUUGCUCAUGGAAUUUUAGUUGAAGUGGAUGACCACCCUUUUUAUUUGGACAAGAUGGUUCUCAUGGAUUGGAGAGAUUCCCAUUUAGGAAAUGAGCCUGAUUUGCGGGUUAGCAAUUCAAGGUUUCCUACUUUUCUCUAUGCAAUGCCAUUCGAUUCAAACUUGAUAUUCUUAGAGGAGACUUCUCUGGUUUCUCGGCCGGUGUUAUCAUAUAUGGAGGUGAAGAGAAGGAUGGUUGCAAGAUUAAGGCACUUAGGAAUUAGAGUUAGAAGGGUAUUGGAGGAUGAGAAGUGUUUGAUCCCAAUGGGAGGCCCUCUUCCCCGAAUCCCUCAGAAUGUGAUGGCCAUUGGUGGGACUUCCGGGGUCGUGCACCCUUCAACUGGGUACAUGGUGGCUCGGAUAAUGGCUCUAGCCCCUGUCUUAGCCAAUGCUAUUGCCGAGUGCCUUGGCUCAACCCGGAUGAUUAGAGGGCAGCCACUUUAUCAUAGAGUGUGGAAUGGCCUGUGGCCACUUGAGAGGAGAUAUACAAGGGAAUUUUACUCUUUCGGAAUGGAGACUCUUUUGAAGCUUGAUCUGGAAGGGACUAGAAGGUUCUUUGAUGCUUUCUUUUAUUUGGAUCCCUAUCAAUGGCAAGGGUUCCUUUCCUCAAGGUUGUCUUUCCAAGAGCUUGUUCUGCUAAGCUUAUCCUUGUUCGAGCAUGCCUCAAAUCCGUCCAGGUUUGACAUUGUUACAAAGUGCCCUGUGCCCUUAGCUAAAAUGGUGAGCAAUCUAGCACGGGAAGCUAUUUAAUGACCAUUUAAGGAUGGAAUGUUGCAGCAUGUAUCUUGAAUCUUGAUAUGUAAGAGGUUCAAAUAUUGUGGCUUCUUGAGUUUAAGAACAAGUUUAUAAGGGCUUUGCUAAUAGAUGCAUCUGUUAUUGAAACA